AUGUUUCUAAUUAAUUACUUUUCAGUCCCCGUAAUGACAAUUCAAUAUUCAAUUAAAGUUCAUGGGAAGGUCGAACUAGCUGACGAUGUGUCAAGCAUUUGGAAAUACUUAUCUAAAGUAAUUAAUAGUCCAACAAAUAAUUUUCCGGAAGAAAAUGCCAAUGUACCUAAAGAAGGCGUAACUAAACUUCUGCGAGACGAGAUAAAAAAGAAUGGGAUUAUUCAUCUGUUUGGGAAUCAUGAAAAAGCACGAAAAGAAGAUCCAUAUGUUAAUAAUAUUAAUGUGUAA